GAUAUUUUUCAGUAAUCAAAUCCCUGAGAAGAUAGGUAGACAGACAAAACCCUAAUUCCUCUAAUCGAUGGCUAGGAAGAGAAAAGUGCGUGCUUCAGAACCGGAGCCGGAACCGGAACCUGAGCCCCAGGCAGAAGAACAAUCUCAAGACCUCCAACAAGAAGAAGCAGAAAAGCCACAAUCGCAAGACCCCGUAAAAGAAGAUGAACGACCUGAAGCUGAAAACAUGAUCGUUGAUGAUAAUACCAAAGAAGAUCCACAACCAGAGCCGGAGGAUGAACCACAACCAGAGCCGGAAGAAGAACCACGACCAGAGCAGGAAGAAGAACCACAACCAGAGCUGGAAGAAAAAGAGGCGAAAGAACCUGAAACUGGCGUAGAUCCCUCAGAGGAUGCCGCUCCACCGGAGUCGACCCAAACAGAAACCAACGGGAGCGGAGAGAACGGAAAUGCGGAUGCUGAAAAUAAGGAGGUAGAGGAGGAGGAAUUGGAGGAAGAGCCCCUCGAAACGAUUCUGGAUCCUUUUAACAAGGACCAGCUAGUCUCCCUUCUCAAGCAAGCCGUGGACAAGUAUCCUGAUUUGAUCGACUCAGUGCAGGCAAUCGCAGACGCUGACCCUGCCCAUCGCAAGAUCUUCGUACACGGCCUCGGCUGGGACACCACCGCAGAGACCCUCACUGCCGAGUUCGGCAAGUAUGGUGAGAUCGAGGAUUGUAAGGCCGUCACUGACCGCGUUUCUGGGAAGUCAAAGGGAUACGCCUUCAUCCUAUUCAAGCAUCGCAGUGGGGCUCGCAAGGCGCUCAAGCAGCCUCAGAAGAAGAUUGGGAACAGGAUCACCUCGUGCCAGCUGGCGUCAGCGGGACCAGUGCCUGCACCGCUUCCCUCUACACCGCCAGUGUCGGAAUAUACACAGAGGAAGAUAUUUAUAAGUAAUGUGUCGGCGGAUAUUGAUUCCGAGAAGCUCACAGAGUUCUUUAGGCGGUUUGGGGAGAUUGAGGAGGGACCACUAGGACUAGAUAAGCAUACUGGGAAGCCUAAGGGAUUCGCUCUUUUUGUGUACAAGACCAUUGAAGGUUCCAGGAAGGCUCUUGAGGAGCCGCAUAAGAAUUUUGAAGGGCAUAUGUUACAUUGUCAGAGGGCAAUUGAUGGACCGAAACCAAACAAGCAGGGAUAUGGUGGUACUGGUGGACAUCAUCAUCAGCAAAACUACCAGCAACACCACUAUCAGCAGCCACACCAUCAUUCCAAGAAGGGAAAGUAUACCUCUGCUGGACCAGGGCCAGCGCGUGGACAUUUAAUGGCACCAUCGGGUCCUGCUGUAGGGUUCAAUCCAGGAGUGGCUCCCCAGCCACUGAACCCUGCACUUGGCCAGGCCCUCACAGCAUUGCUUGCAACCCAGGGAGCAGGUUUGGGCAUUGGUAAUCUGCUUGGAGGAAUUGCUGGUGCAACUGUCAACCAGGGAGGGCCACCUGGUGGUUAUGGGAAUCAGCCUGGAGGCUAUGGCAGUCAUCAGCCGGGAAUGCAAGGUGGCUAUCAGAACCCACAGAUGGGGCCGAGCAGCGGUGGCAGGCCUCCUCAUGGAGGCGCCCCUUAUAUGGGACACUAGAUUCCCUAAUAGAUGCAUCAAUCAUUUAGUUUUGGAUUCUGGUGAUUCUUCCGAAGUUCCUACCAUUCAAAAAAAAGAUUCUUCUGAAGUUCCAGGCACACUUGCAAACGACGCCUUUAUAUUUGCACUGAAAAGUUUGUGUUUGCAUAUUAUAAACACCGAUGCCUCAAACCUUUAUCUUUUUUUUCCUUAGUACUUUUCCUUCCCGUGUUUUUUCGGAAUGUUGUAAUAUUUUGGUACCGGUACAUUGUCUCUUUAAAAUUGAUGGGGAACUUGUAGUCUUCUUAGGCAGAAAACAAUGGCUUUCCAGGAUUUCAACUACUUUAACUGGCCAUGCCUUUUCCUUUCUAUUUCUUUGAAUUGAAUAAUACUCUUUGCUAUCCUACAA